AUGCUUCGUUCACGUCUCGUACAGCACACAGCUAUUACCCGAUUGCCAUGGCGACGCAUGUAUGCAACAGCGUCUUCGUCACAAAACACACCUAUAUUCCAAGUCUUCAAUCGCGAUGCCAAACGUCGUCAAAAGGAUCGUGCUGCCAUGGAUGUCGAAAGCAGUCGCACAGUCGAUUACCUUAGAGACGAGGUUGCCGCUCGUGUUGCCGAUCGCUUGGCGGAUAUCAAACGCGAUUUUCAUACAGUGGUGGACCUUGGUUCGGGUUGUGGACACAUUGUAAAGCACCUUAGCAAGGACAAUAUGAAGAAAUUGAUCAUGUGUGAUAUGUCAGAGCAAGCCUUGAAGAGAGACAUGGAUCAAUAUUAUCCAGUCGAAGUUGAACGCAAGGUUGUGGAUGAGGAAUAUUUACCUUUCAAGGAGGAUUCAUUGGAAGCAGUGGUUAGCAGCAUGUCGAUGCAUUGGGUGAAUGAUUUACCAGGCGCUCUUAUUCAAGUACGCAAGGCAUUGGAACCGGAUGGUGUGUUUGUUGGUGCUAUUCUUGGUGGUGACACUCUUUUUGAAUUAAGAACAUCGCUUCAACUUGCUGAAACGGAACGAGAAAGCGGUGUCUCGCCACAUGUAUCGCCAAUGACAGAUUCUAGUGAUAUCGCUCGCCUACUCAGUCGCGCUGGCUUUGUGCUCACGACGGUGGAUGUGGAUGAAAUCCAAGUCAGCUAUCCUUCCAUGUUUGAAUUGAUGGAGGAUUUGAAAGCCAUGGGUGAAAACAACGCUGUAUUAUCUCGACGACCUAUGCUCCACCGGGAUACUCUUAUGGCUGCUGCUGCCAUUUACAAAGAGCUUCAUGGUAAUCCUGAUGGUACAAUUCCAGCUACAUUUGAGAUUAUCUACAUGAUUGGAUGGAAACCAUCAGCAACCACACCUCAGCCAAAGAAACGAGGAUCUGCAACUACAUCCAUGAAAGAUGUAUUAGAAAACUAG